AUGGUCCAACUUGCGCCAUCCGCGCCCCGCGCUCACAGAAAUGCUUCACCCAGUGUCCGUGGCCGAGGUGGCAUCCAAAAACGCAAGGCUGGCGGUACUCGAGUCGACAAAGAUGGAGAUUUGGUGAUGGAUCCCACUAUCGCUGCCGACAAGCGCAGAGCAGCAAGAAGUCAACUCGGAGGAAGCGGACCGUCCAGAGGGCAAGGAAACGGGCGAGCAACUGGAGGCCCUCCGCGAGGCGCAGAUGCUGGGUUGAUUAAAGCACAGCAGGCCAUCAUCAGAGGCUUGAAUGCGAAAUCGUCACAGGCAAACGUCCUGGAAUCACGAAUGACCGCCGCUGGAACCCGACUACAAAUCGAAGGCUUGAGCUCGAGCAAGGCCGCCGCCAAUCCCGAUGGUGGCAUGGAAAGCUUGCUAGCAUUUCUGGAGCGAAAAGCCAGCGCCAUGGACACCAAUUCUAAUAAGGCUGUGAAGAUAACCAAGGUAUGUUAUAGAUCCGGUCGUGGGGUCAUGGAGGUUCUUGUACCGUCGACUUUAAAAAGACCUGUCCACAUGCCAACCUUCCACGGGUCGAGUUUCGACAGAUUUACCUUUAUCGCACCAUGAUCCACAUUCGCUUCCAAGGUUUUUAUACCUUGCUAACAUCAAUUUAGUCACUGAAAAGAGGUGACUUGAUCAUAAUCACCGCCGGUCCGGAGGAUGUUGAGAGGAUAAAAUGGCUGGACAAUUUUAGUUUUGCCGGGGCUACUUUGAGCAUUAAACCAUAUGAGUUAAAGCCAGACAAGGUUGGAGACAAGAAAAAAGAAGAUGUCUCGCCCAAGGCCCAGGAAACCAAAGAGCAGCUUCGGAGCGUUUUAGCGACCAGAUAUAAUGCCGACCUCAAGCUGUUGGAUUUAUCCGCUCUCGCAAAGGAUGCUGGCUUAAUACAGAUGGGUGUUUUUGAUGGUACUACCACGACCUCCAAAAUCUUCCCCGCACUCAUGGUUGUCUGUGAUGGAUUAUUCAAAACCAGACAGGAAAAACGAGACGCUAUUGUCAGUGUCACACUCGCCGACAAUGAAUUGUCUGAUGUCGCCGAUGUCUCUGAACUUGCCCAGACCUUUCCAGAUAUUCAAAAUCUCGACCUUUCACGAAACCGAAUCUCCCAACUGGACUCGCUAGACUCUUGGGGAAAUAGAUUGCGAAACAUCACGACACUCAUUCUCACCGGAAAUCCCAUCGAACCACAAUUACCUUCUUUACAAGCCGAACUCUUGAAAAAAUAUCCACGCCUCGAGAUUCUCAAUGGAAUUCAAUUCAGGACACCGGAACAGGUGGCCACAGCUCUCGAGGUUGCCAAAUUUCCUAUUGGAAAUGCUCCACCUGACUUUCGAGACGUUGGUCAGGUUGGCGAAAACUUUAUACGACAAUUCGUCGUACUGUACGACACAAAUCGCUCUGCGCUGUUGACCAACUUUUACGAUGACCAAUCCGUGGUCUCAACAUCAAUCAAUAUGUCAGCGCCCCGAGGUGCUACAAGAAACACAGUAAUAAUACCUCCAUGGCAACCGUACACGAAAUUCUCUCGAAACUUGGUGAAAAUCAACAAUCUCCCUACACAAUUGAGUCGUCGCCAUCGUGGAAGUCAGGCUAUUAACACCCUCUGGACGGCAUUACCUGCGACGCGGCACCCAGAUAUCUCCACUCAAGCCGACAAAUAUCUCAUUGAAUGCAAUCCUUUGCCUGGUUUGGUAGACCCCACAGGUCAAAGUCCUCGUGGUGUCGACGGCUUGAUAAUCACCAUGCAUGGAGAAUUUGAAGAACAAAACGACAAGCAAGAACAACACCUACGGAGCUUCUCACGAACAUUUGUACUAGGACCUGGAGGUCCUGGGGGACCACCGAUCAGAGUUGUCAGUGAUAUGAUGAACCUUCGAGCUUGGGCACCACUGGCUUCAGCACGAAAUAUGGCAGCCGAACCGGUAACUGCUCCUGCGCCUGUGGCUGCUACGGGGAAUCCACAACAAGAAGCUAUGACUGUGCAGCUGGUUGAACGAACUGGAAUGACACCCAAUUAUGCUGUUCUUUGCCUCACAGAAACGGGCUGGGAUCUUGAGAAGGCUUUUGUCGCUUUUCAAUUAAAUAGGGUAUGUUUACAUUUCUCAAGUUCCAUUCCGAGUAUCAUUAACAAAUUUAUAGGAUAA